AUGAUAAGAAUUACUCCUAUCAACAAAAAUUUGUGUCAACUAGUCGUAUCUCUUGAGACCUUUUUAACUUUUUAAACACUUGAAGUGACAAUCUUAUCCUCAAAUUAAGGAAACAAACUGUUUUUCAUGUUGGAUUACGAGCAGUACAGUUUUUGCGAAAGAGGAUUGUUCCUUACAAUAACAAGUGGUUGAGAUGGGUUUCAUAGAGUCUGUAAUAUAUCCUUUAGUGGCACUACCUAGCAUAUUUUUAUAUCCGAUUGCCUUUUUCACCCCUCACUGGGUGUCGGACUCUAGAUGCGACGUGGUCGGACUAUUUUACAAAUGCUGCACCGAAGUACAAAGUGAUAUUCAAAACAGCACACAUAACAGUACAAACAUAACUGCACCUACUACUUGGACAAGCAUUAUAGACGUUACUGGCAACAUCACUAGCAAUAUUACGAAAAAUGUGUCACAAUUUGAAGGUACAAGAACUUGUGUGCAUGCCGGUAAAGAUGCAUUAGACGUACGUGUUCUAGGACUACAAGCAACAUCGACGGCAUUUUCCUUGUUUUACAUUUUAUAUGGAAUACUUAAUUGCAUACCAUACAUAGCAAAAUGUACUAGUGACAAUGUGUGUGGAAUUAUUCGUCGCAUGAUUAGUGACUUACUAGACGUGAUUAGCACGGAAGACGAUGACGGUGUAACAAGUUCACAGAUGGUGUCAGGUAUACUAAGUUUUGCUGGCUGCAUGCUCGUCGUUAAAUCAUAUGACCGAGACCAACUGGGAUACUCUUUCUAUGUAUGUUUAGUUCCAUGUAGCAUUGCAAUAUCUUUCAUAGGCCUUGCAAUCAUUGCAACAGCAUUUAUUCCCUGUUAUGAAACAUGUUAUGCGGAUACUGCUGAUACAGUCACAUCCGUGUCUAAAGAGGACAAUGCUCGAGUUUCGGACAAGAAGAUUGUCCGAAAUGAUGGCAAGUCUGCCGACGUAUCUUCGGAAGAUGUUUCUGUUGAAGUGAAAGGAGAAGAUAACCACGUAUUUGGAUCAGACGAAAUUGAGGAGGAAGAGAAGAAAACUCCAACCAAUAAAGGCGUUGCUAAUAAUAUGUCUGAUCAAGCUACAUCAAACAUCGUUAUUCAGUCUCCAAAAUCAAGAGCCAGUUCCGGUUCUGACAUACUUGAUGUAACGCCGGGAACCAGCAAUGAGGUAGAACAAGGUGGCGCAAAAUCACGCAAGAAAAAAGGGGGAAGUGGCAUGGUAGAAUCAUUGGCAAAACUGAACCUGAAAAAUUUAUUUGUGUUUAAAGUCGGUAGCUGUCACUGUGUUUUUCUUUCAAAAAAAGAUGACAAUAUGGAAGUGUAAAAAGAUGGACUAGCUGAAGGUGCAUAUUGAACAAUUACUAUUUAAAGCUUCAUCACGACAGCUAUUUAAAACAUCAUAAUGUUCGCUGUUUACAUCUUUGAUCUCAGAAUAUAAGUCUUUUAUAGUAGGAACUCAAUAUUAAAUUCGAUAUUGUAUAAUCACAUUUUAAUAUAUAUAUAUAUCUGGUUAAAUAAUGGGUCCCUAUAUAUUUUGUUGAAUGAGUCUAUAUAAUUAAAAUAAUUUUUUUGUUGAAUGAGUCUAUAUAAAUAAAAUCAUUUCUUUGUUGAAUGAGUCUAUGUAAAUCAAAUCAUUUCUUUGUUGGUA